AUGCGUUGUUGCUGUGGAUCGGGAUCGCGGCGGUGGAUUGGCAACUACGACAAGGUGCAGCGGGUGGCGCUGGUGCUGAUCUACGGUCAGAUUGGGUGCUCGCUGCUGGGAUCGCUCUCCCCGCUCUACAAUGGCGUCCUGAUCCUCCAUUUAGGGGUUUCGCUCUUCGGUCUGGUGGCGGUGGAGAGCAGCAAUCAGAGCCUGGCCCGCACAUACGCCUUCCUCCUCUUCUGCUCCUUGUUCCUCGACCUCUCAUGGUUCUUCCUCUUCUCUCACCAAAUCUGGCAUUUUCCGGCUGGUAUUUACGGACGCUUAGCUGCCUACGCCGUGAAGCUCACUCUCGUGGUGCAGAUCGCCGGAGUCUCCGCGAGGUUGUUAUCAUCCUUGUUAUGGAUUCAGAUGUACAGACUCGGCGGAUCAGCUGCCAGAGACGGCGAUACCGAUGCCGAUUUGAGAUUCAGUUUUCUCAAUCCUGCUGUCCGCCAUCCCUACGAUGUCAUUGAUGAUGAUCCUGCUAAUUUCUUGCCUCCUUUUGGAAGGGAUGACGCCUCUCGAUUUGGGGUGCAAGCUAUUCAAAAUGGUGAUGACUCUGGAACUUCCCAGCCCCAUUCAUUCAAGUUCUGAUGUGAGCUACCUUACCUCCAAACUCUUUUCCUUUAAUCACUGUUUCUCAUUCUGAUUAAUGGUUUGGAUAUUUCAGGUGAUAUUUUUUUAUUCAAUUAAAGAUGAAUCUGUACAGCUUCCCAUUCUUUAGACCAUCCAAGAAUCAUCUUUUCUCUUUGCAUGCCAAUGUUUUUCCUUUUUCGUAAAGAUAUCAAUGGCGAUGCAGGUGUUGCCAUAUGACCACGGACCACCCUCUCUCUCUCUCUCUUGGUGUGCAGUGUGGGGGAGUGGGACACGCUGCCACCAAGGAUUCGAGGAGUGGCCAGCUAAGCACCACUUCUCAUCACACCUUUUUUUUCCAUUCUUCAUCAACGCCAAAGCAGCAAAACUAUUUGAGGCUCAUUUUUUCUCCUAGUUUGGUUUAUAUUCAUCACAUGAUACGCAUACAACAUGAUUUAUUUUUAUGCUCAUUUUGUAUAAUAAAACCACCGUGUCACAAGCGUGUAUCGAAAUUCUUCAAACCAGACUAUCAAGUAAAUAAUAAUAAUAAUAAUAAAGAGAAGAAGAAAAUAAUUAUAUAUUGGAGGAGUACGCGGUUUAAGGUAGGUAGUUUCGAUUGAUUCUUGGUUGAGUCGUCCCAUUUUUGGAUUUCAUGUCAACAACUUCUAUUAACUCUUCUUUCUUUCCUCAUCUAAUCUUUAUACUUCAACACUUUUUUCCUAUAAUAAUUAGUAAAGUGUAUUGGAAAAAUGUUAGCAAAAUUUCACAUCAUAACCUAAAUUCAUUUAAGUCGGCCAAUUGAAUAUCUCGAUAUUUGUGAAAUAAAAACGAAAUAAUUGUGCAACCAGAUAGGGAUAUAAUAAUAAUAAUAAUAAUAAUAAUAAUAAUAAUAAUAAUAAUAAUAAUAAUGGAAGGAGAUGGAGAUGGAGAGAUGGGUCAUGAUUUGAAUAAAUAGCAAUAACAGUAGAUGAGAUUCCGACACACAAACACGCGGAUGGAGGACAAAAUUCAAUCCCCAAUAUCAUUUCUGAACCCACAAAGAAUUCUGCUCUCCUCUCCUUAUCACAAGAAUUUUACACCAACAUCAUCAUAUCAUCAUCGGAGAAGAAGAAGAAGAAGAAAAAUUGAUUCUUUUCUUGUCCCUCCCUGGUAUUUAUCAAUUAAUCUUUUAUUUUAGAGCUCCUGGGCUUUGACUUCCCCCUUUUUUUAUUAUUAUUAUGGAUGAAUUACUUGAGCUAGCUUGAUGAUUUGGAAACGGUUAUUUUAUGGCGGAUUGCGUUUUCGAAUUGGGCAACACGAGAUGUAAUUAGCAGAAAAUUCUUCAACCUUCUCGAUCCUUCUUCUUUGAAUGCAUCCUUUUCUAGUUUGUUGACUCAAUCAGCCGUCGCCGACUUGAUUAAAUAUCCAUUUUUUAUUAUUAUUAACAAAUACUAAAAGGAAACUUCAUUUCUUACGAUCUACAACAUUUCCUCGAUCUGCAGCAAGUUCUAAUCCAUCUGUGUUUUCUGACUCGAAAAGGGUAAGGAAUAUGCUGUUCUUUGCUUUCUGUUGAUAUUAGGUUUGUGCCCUUGUUGACCAGAAAACUUGAAUCUUUGAUCUGCUUACUAGCUAGAUCCUAAUUGUUUCUCGUGAUUCUUUUGCUUAGAGGUUUUGUUAUCUUUUAUGCAUUUAUUCAAUUUAGACGUUGACAGAGUUGGACUCUUUAAGUUGAAUGAUUUCAUCUUGAUGAACAGGUGAAAUCAAGUAGUAAAUCAAGUGUUGGUGCAACAAGAAUGGAGGAAGCUGAGGCACUAAGAUAUUGGUGCCACAUGUGUUCACAGAAUGUGAAUCCAGUUUUGGAGAUUGAUACCAUAAAAUGCCCCAUCUGCCAAAGCGGCUUUUGUGGAAGAAAUGGCCACUCCCACUCCAGAAAAUGAUAGCCCUCCUGAUGUUGAAUUCGGAGGGCCGGAUUCUGAUCGCGCCCUCUCCCUCUGGGCGCCCAUCCUACUCGGUAUGAUGGGCAACCAGCGGCGUAGGCGCCGUAUGAGGCGCAUGGGCUACGAGGAGGGUGAAAACCACCAUGAUGGGGAGUCCGAGCUUGACCGUGAACUGGAGGCUAUAGUGAGGAGGAGGAGGAGCUCAGCCGCGAUUCUCCAGCUCCUCCAAGGCAUGCGGGCUGGGAUACUAUCCGAGCCAGAGACGGAUCAAGGCAAUGAUACUACGGAUAAUGAGAGGGAGAGGGAGAGAGAGCGUGUCAUUCUGAUCAAUCCCUUUAACCAGACCAUCAUUGUUCAGGGCUCUUACGACCCCGGCAACGAGUCCAUAAGCCGUGCACCUAUUGGCUCACUAGGCGAUUACUUCAUUGGGCCGGGGCUCGACUUGCUGCUGCAGCAUCUCUCGGAGAAUGACCCAAACAGGUACGGGACGCCUCCAGCUCAGAAGGAGGCCGUUGAAGCUUUACCGACUGUGGAAAUUGUGGACACACUGCAGUGCUCUGUUUGUUUGGAUGACUGUGACAUUGGUGAUCAAGUUAAGGAGAUGCCUUGCAAACAUAAGUUCCACAGCAAGUGUAUCCUAGCCAUGGCUAGAGCUUCAUAGCUCGUGUCCCAUCUGCAGGCAUCAGUUACCUUGUGAUGAGUCGAAGCUCGACUCCGACGGGUUGAGAAACGACAGCAAUAACAGCGAUGCCGGUGAUAGAAACGAAAGAGGGCGACACUUCUCUGUUCCUCUCCCAUGGCCCUUGAGCAGUUUGUUUUCAUCCUCCCCUACUUCAAAUGCCAACAACCCAAGCACUUCAAACCGGGAUGAGAGUUGAUUUCUGGUUAAUGUUAUAUUAUGCAAAUUACCUUUGUAUGUAUAUAAGCAAAUUCCCAAGGCAAUAAUUAGAAAAGUGACUUGUGUUUUA